GGAAGUAAAAUAAAACCCUCGAACCGACCUGCAAAGUUUAGAAACGUUUUCCAACGUUUGCCUCUCCUCACGAUUUCGCGUCGUCGUCUUCUCCGGCAGCGGCGACCGGCUCGGCGGCGCAGUUCAUUCGGUGUAUAGUCUAUCCACUACCGGCAUCCAUUUCCAUUAGGAAAGUGAGGCAAUAUUGAGGAAUUUUCCCAAUGGCAAAGAAUCAAUCUGUUUUGAUCAAAGACACAGUAUAUAAAUUGCAGCUUGCACUCCUUGAGGGCAUUCAAAAUGAGAACCAGCUAUUUGCAGCUGGGUCUCUGAUGUCUCGGAGUGACUAUGAAGAUGUGGUGACUGAGCGGUCUAUUGCAAACCUCUGUGGGUAUCCGUUAUGCCAUUCUAAUUUGUCGUCUGAUAACACUAGGAGAGGCCGGUACAGAAUUUCAUUGAAAGAACAUAAGGUGUAUGAUUUACAAGAGACGUAUAAGUACUGCUCUUCCACUUGCCUCAUUAACAGCCGUGCCUUUUCUGGGAGAUUGCAAAAUGAGAGAUGUUCGGUUAUGAAUCCCGAGAAACUUAAAGAAAUUCUUAGACUGUUUGAGAAUCUGAGUUUGGAUUCUAAGGAAAAUGUGGGGAAUAAUUGUGAUUUAGGGCUUGAAAUUCAGGAGAAUAUAGAAAGCAAUACUGGAGAAGUUCCCAUUGAAGAGUGGAUGGGUCCAUCAAAUGCAAUUGAAGGCUAUGUGCCGCACAGAGAUCAUAAAAUUAUGACUUUGCCCAGCAAGGAUGGGAAAGAAUCCAAGGAUGGUUCUAAAGCUAAAAUUAAGCCAUUGGGUGGUGGAAAGGAUUUCUUCAGCGACCUCUCCUUCACGAGUACUAUUCUAACAGAUGAAGAGUAUAGUGUAUCAAAGAUAUCAUCUGGUUUGAAAGAGAUGGCUUUUGAUACUGAUUCAAAGAUACAAACUGGAGAACUCUGUGGUAAAGAAUCAAAAGACCAAUUUACCAUUUUGGAAACCCCACAUGCUCCAGCUCCCACAAAAAACAGUGUUGGACGUAAGGCAAGAGGAUCCAAAGAAAGGACUAAAGUAUCAGCCACCAAAGAAAGUACUAAUAAUUUGUCUGAUGCUCCUUCAACUUCAAAUCAGUGCAAUACUAAUUGCAAUUUAAUGACAGAAGAACCAAGAGGUGGAUCCAAUGAUCUUAGUGGAACUGAGAUCAAAUCCUCCCUUAAACAACCAGGCAAGAAAAACCUACAUCGCUCUGUAACUUGGGCAGAUGAAAAGACUGUUGACACCAGUAUUAUAAACCUUCCAGAGGUCAGAGAAAUGGGGAAGAAAAAGGAAUGUUCCAGAAUCACAAGAAAUUUGGUAAAUUCUGACAAUGAUAAUGGGGACCUAUUACGGGUUGAAUCUGCUGAAGCCUGUGCAAUGGCACUGACCCAGGCAGCUGAAGCAAUUUCUUCUGGGCAAAAUGAGGUCUCUGAUGCAGUGUCUGAAGCUGGAAUUAUUAUACUGCCGCGUCCAAAUGAUGGUAAUGAAGAAGCAUCUACUAAUCCUGUCAACGCAUCUGAACCACAUUCAUCCUCAGAGAAGUCUAACAAACUUGGGGUAUUACGUUCUGAUCUGUUUGAUCCCAAUGACUCUUGGUAUGAUGCGCCUCCAGAGGGUUUCAGCCUAACUUUAUCUUCUUUUGCAACCAUGUGGAUGGCAAUCUUUGCAUGGAUAACAUCAUCUUCACUGGCCUACAUUUAUGGAAAAGAUGAUAAGUUCCAUGAGGAAUUUCUAUACAUUGAUGGGAAGGAGUAUCCAAGGAAAAUUGUCUCUGCUGAUGGCCGAUCUUCUGAAAUUAAGCAAACACUUGCUGGAUGUCUAACACGGUCAAUACCUGGACUUGCUUCUGAACUUAAGCUGUCAACUCCAAUAUCAAGUUUGGAGCAUGGGAUGGGACACUUGUUAGACACCAUGACUUUCCUUGAUGCACUUCCAGCAUUCAGAAUGAAGCAGUGGCAAGUAAUUGUUCUCUUAUUUAUAGAAGCUUUAUCUGUUUGCCAGAUUCCUUCACUUGCCUCCCACAUGUCAAAUAGUAGAAGUCUGUAUCACAAGGUGCUUGAUCGUGCUCAGAUACGAUCCGACGAAUACGAGGUUAUGAAAGAUCAUAUAUUACCGCUUGGUCGAAUAGCUCAAUUUUCAGGUGAGAAUGAUGCCUAAAAAAUUAGAACCAACAUCUCCAACAUAAAUAUCAUCACACUCUAAGGCCGGUUCAAAUUUCUGGGGUGGUACUAGUGUAAGUUCCAGAUCAUAUUAAUGACCAGUUCCCAGCGAAUCCGAUUCACAGUACAAAGUAGUCGGUAAUCGUGCAUGUACUGUUUUUACAGGUAGAUUCUCUAGGUAUUUCUUUUGGGGAGAAUUAGUUGUUCCAAGCUACGCAAACAUUUUCUUUAAGGGGACUGCUUAUAAACAGGUGUGGUCAAUGUGCCAUUUGAGGUGAUUUUGUAUUCUGUUAUUUUGGAACAUCUCAGUUCUAGAUAACAUGUUUCUUUGUUCGACUCUUUUUGAGUUUUUAGUCUGAAACGGUCAUUAUUAUGCUUUAUGCUUAAAGAUGCCAAAAGUUUGAGGGGUGGAGUGGUCAGUGGAGGAUGCUGAUUUUUAUGGAGUAGAAUUUCAAUUUUCAUCA